AUGGAUGUGGCUGAGAGCCCUGAACGGGACCCUCGCUCUCCAGAGGACGAAGAGGAGCAGCAGCAGGGGCUCUUGGACAAUGACAUUCUGAGAGAAAGUGGGUCUGAUCAGGAUUUGGACAAAGCUGCAGGGAGGGCUUCUGAUUUGGAGAAUGAGGAAAAUGCUGUCCUGGGAAUGAGCCAGGAGGAAGAGGAAAGUCACUCCGAUGAGGAGGAUCAGGACCAGGACUCUGAGCCUCAGGAGCUGAACAGGGGCCCUACGAGCCCCCCUCAUGCAGAGGAAGGGGAUGGGGGGAAGGAAGACCACACAAGUGAUCUGAGGGAUGAGGCCUACUCGGUCACCAGGGAACUGGACGAGCAUGAGUUAGACUAUGAUGAGGAGGACCUCGAAGAGCCAGCCCCCACUGGGCAGGAGGACGGAGCAGAGAAGGCUGGGGCAGAGGAGGAUGAGGAAGAGGGAGAGGGAGCUCCGGAGGAGGAGGGAAAGGCCGAUGUCCACAGUGUGGAAGAAAAGGAGCCCCUGGAGGCAGCCAAGGAGAAAAAAAAAGAGGACAAAGGAGAGAUGGAUGAUGGGGAGAUCGAUGAUGAUGAUCUGGAAGAGGGCGAAGUAAAGGACCCCAGUGACAGGAAGGUGAGGCCUCGUCCCACCUGCCGAUUCUUCAUGAAAGAUGUUGUGACACCAUUAUCCACUCUUCUCCCACCAAUAUCAAAUUCCAAACCAUUCAGAGACCAGGUUAAAGGGAACUGUACCUGGGGAAUGAAUUGUAGGUUUAUACACCCUGGAGUCAACGACAAGGGCAACUACUCCCUAACCACCAAAGCCGAACCUUUCCCGCCUAAAGGUGCCCCACGUCUGGGACCUCACCCACUGAUGCCUGCCAACCCUUGGGGUGGGCCAGUAGUUGAUGGAAUGUUGCCUCCACCCCCUCCAGAACCCCACACAGAGAGUGCCUGGGAACGAGGACUUCGGCGGGCAAAGGAGGUUUUAAAAAAAGCAACCAUUCGAAAAGAACAGGAGCCUGAUUUUGAAGAGAAAAGGUUUACUGUGACCAUUGGUGAGGAUGAACGGGAGUUUGACAAGGAAAAUGCAGUUUUCCGAGAUUGGAAUGAUCGGAUUACAAGAGAUGCCAGAGACACAACACUUGAGCCUUAUGCAGAUCCUUAUCAUGAUUAUGAAAGAGACCGGUUCCGGCGGGGCGGGCAGUAUGAGAAUUUCAGGGUGCAAUAUACAGCAACAGAACCGCGCCAGAACUACCGGGAACGGGAAAGGAAAAGAGAGCGAGAGAACAGGCAGCGGGAGCGAGCGCGCGACAAGGAGCGGUGGCGGCGGAGAGAGGAGUGGGAGCGAGAGCGAGCCAAAUGGGACGAGAAGGACAGACAGCACCGAGACAGAGAGAAGGAGCGGGCGAAGGAAGAGGAGAAGCCAAAGCCCCGCUCCCCACAGCCACCAAGCCGACGCGCUGAGCCACCCAAGAAGGAGGCCGUCUCCGCUGGGCCACAGGUGAAACGAGCAGAGGAGUGGAAAGACCCGUGGCGCCGCUCCAAGUCUCCCAAGAAGAAACUUGGUGCAUUGGUCUCCCCGAGCCGUGCACGAAGGCGUCGAAAACCGUCAGCCUCAUCGUCCAGUGCCUCCAGGUCGUCCUCCUCCUCUGGCUCCGGUUCGUCCAGGUCUCCGUCCGGGUCCUCCUCCUACAGCUCCUGCUCUAGCCGGUCUUCCGGACACAGCUCCUUCUCAGGCAGCCGGUCCACGUCCCGGUCCUCUUCCUCCUCCCCGACCCCCUCUCCAACGCCUUCUCCGCACAGACCUGCUGUCAGAGCCAAGGGCGAGCCAGCUCUGCCUCCCGGGAAAGCAGGAGAGAAGAUGGUGAAGAAACCAGCCCCACCACAGGCCCCCAGGACCGCUGCCCCCGCCCCUGUGCCUGCCAAGCCAGGAGGCCCUCGGGAAGCCAGGAGGAGGGAGCGCCGAGCCAGGACCCCCGCCAGGAGGCGGACCCGCAGGGGCAGGGGCAGCGGCUCUGGUUCCAGAUCCAGGUCCGUGGGCGUGAGCAGCGUCUCCUCGGUGCACAGCGCGGACUCGGAUGACAUGUACGCAGACCUGGCCAGCCCUGUGUCCCCGGCCAGCUCCCGGCCCCGCACCCCAGCCCAGACCAAGAAGGAGAAAGCAGGAACAUCUAAAAGAGAAGAUGGCGAGAAAGAGGAUCAGCGGAAAAGGGAGGCAUCCACACGCCCACCCAAAUCCUCAAAAUCGUCCACAGGCAGUCAAUCCUCCCAGCAGCCCACAGUUCCCCAGCGGGCACCCUCUGGGCAGCCCCCGCAGGGCGCACGUGUGGCACACAAGGAGAUCAAGCUGACGCUGCUGAACAAGGCCGCGGAGAAAGGGAGCAGGAAGCGAGAUGAGCCCUCGGACAAGGACAGGCUAAGCCCUCCUCCGGCCAAGCGGGCCCCCGUCUCCCCAGACCGAGGUUCUCGGCACCGGACGUCAGGGGGGAGAUGGGGCUCUCCCAGGCCAGGACGGCAGAGAGGCCAGAAUGCCAAGGCUCCCGUGGCCCUGCCAGACAGGAAGCGCCCGCUGCCACCCCAGUCCAAGAGCUCCAGCAAGGUCACCAGUGUGCCUGGGAAAGCCUCAGGCGCCUCCACGGGCACCAAAUCAGGGAAGGCCAGCACGCUGUCCAGGCGGGAGGAGCUCCUAAGACAGCUCAAAGCCUUGGAGGACGCCAUCGCUCGCAAGCAGGCCAAGAUUCCCGGGCAAGUGUAAUGGGG